UAAUAUACUGGUCAGACUGGGUCAAUGAGCCAAAGAUAGAGACAUCAACCAUGGACGGUGGUAACAGAAGUAUCAUCAUGUCGUUAGAACCGAACUCAUGGCCUAAUGCUAUUGCUUUAGAUGUGAAAAGUAUGAAUUUAUUUUGGGUGGACGGAAAACAUUAUGUUAUUGGACGGAUCAACAUUGAUACAGGGGUACAGAAAACAUUGUACUCGGAACCGGGGACUCAUUUCUUUGGCAUGACGCUUGUUGGAGAUAAACUUUACAUCACAGACUGGUACCGGAAACAUGUAAGCAGAUUAAGUGUUGAUGGUGGGGAACUGGAGCAAGUUGGACCUUCAAAAUUUUCUAAGUUAAAUGGCAUUACUGGUUAUAAGAAAACUGAUAUUAGAAAAGUUUUCAGCAAAUGUUUACAAAGCACGUGCAGCCAUCUAUGUUAACAUGUUUACGGAAAAUUACAAAUGUGAAUGCUCAGACGGUGACCAAAACGCUUCGAAUCCUUGUUGGGAAGCGUACG